CCACGACCAAAAAUGGUAAUCUCGCGUGCUUGCUAUCAAGUGGCUGCCAUAUGCAUCACGACGUUGUCGUUUCUCAUAUGGAUAUUCCAUUCUUCGGCCGGGGGCGGCAGCACGCAGCAUCAAGUGCUAAGAAAUCAACAUGAGUCGAAAUUUCCGUUUUCAAGUCCAGUGAUCCCGAGCCCAAGUCUGGACAAUGUACAACUUCGAGAUGCGAUCCACGAUAUCCUCAAUCAAACCCUCGGAUUCCAGAAGAUAUACGCCAUAUCGAUGCCCCAUCGUACGGAUAAGAGGGAUUACCUAGCGCUGAUGGGCUAUGUAUCCAACCUGCAAAUAGACUUUAUAGACGGGGUGAACGGAAGUGAGAUGCACCCAAAAUCGCAUCCUUCGUUCUGGAAAGGCACCGCCUCAACCGGCGACUAUGGUGUCUGGCGCGCCCACUUGAACAUUUACCAACACAUGCUAAGUCACAACAUCCAAACGGCGCUUAUCCUCGAAGACGACGCAGACUGGGACAUCCUCCUGCGCCACCAAAUGCUCGACUUCGCGCAUGGUGCGCGCGCGAUUCAAAACUCCUCAUUACUAAACCCUGCACUGCACUCUCCGUAUGGCGAUACCUGGGAUCUACUGGCCCUCGGCCACAUCGGGGCAAACAACAAACCCAACAAAGUGCAAAAAUACUGGAUCACGCAAAACGACAUCACAGUGAUCCCGUCACAAAAACGAACAUGGAGUCGUAUACCAGACUUCAGCGCCCCCGCGUUAGCAGAAGGCAAGGACGAGCAGAUGCGUGUGGUGAUGGAGGUCAGCAAGUUCACCGGCGCAGCUGCAUACGGUAUCAGUUUACGCGGUGCGGCGCGGUUAUUGUAUGAUCAGGCGCUUCUUCCGAAUGCGCAGGCUAUUGAUGUUGCUAUGCUUGCGCUUUGUCGACAUGCCUCAUCUUCUGAUCCCUUUCUUUGUCUUGGGGCGUAUCCGAUGUUGUUUGGACGGUAUCGCGCUAUUGGGCCUGAGACUAAGGACUCCGAUCGCAGGAGUUCGUCUAAUGAAGUGGUGCCUGGGUCUGGGGGGUUUCAGGAUCAGAAGGAGAGGGUCGAGGCGAGGAGUGAAUUUACUGUUUUCCCGGUAAGUUUGAAUUUGGGGGGGUUGUUGACGGGGGAGCGCAAGUUUGUGGCGAAUGUUGAUGGGGUGCAGGAGGGGAAGGAGAGGUUUGAGAUUGAUUUGGCUGAGUAUGUGUUUCCGAAGGGGAGGGAGGUGCUUGUCGGUCCAGAGGAGUAUGUGGCCAGACAAAGUAAGAUCAAUAGGAAAGAGAGAGUGAAGAAAGAGCAGUAAUUCAAUUAAGUCCAGAAGGAGUAGUAGCUUUUCGCAACAUUCGCAGCUAGAUAUCAACAAAAGUCUAGAAUUCUGCCCACGGCUAGUC